CUGCAGCUCGAUCAACAUCUUGACGACAUUGCGAGGUUACCGAGGAGCUCUGUUUUGCAGUGUAACCUGGCAAGGAUCUCUCAAAAGGCCUUAUAUUUCCUCAAGUUUCAGUCCAACAUUCUUGCUUGGAAGGCCCUAUCCCUUCUUCUUCAACUCCCUUCAAUCGGCGGACCGAGGCCCUUGUGAUCCACCGAAGAGCUCCCCCUAGACGAUACAUCUGCAAAAAUAACAAGCUGCAGUCUCCACAACAUGGCUUCCACCCGGCAGUAUGACCUGGUCCUCUUGGGCCCCACUGGCUAUACUGGCCGUUUCUGCUCAGAGCACAUUGUCAAGAACCUUCCCACGGAUUUGAAAUGGGCCAUCGCGGGCCGUUCGCCGCAAAAGAUCGAGCCUAUCGCCGAAGAGCUCAAGAAGCUCAACUCCGAUCGUGUUCAACCUGAUGUCCUUGCCGUGCAGCUCAACUCGACCGAGUUAAACGAGCUUGCGCAGAAGACUAGGCUCAUCAUAAAUUGCAUUGGUCCCUACCACCUGUACUCGACUCCGGUGGUUGAGGCUUGCGCUACGCAGGGCACCCACUAUGUUGAUGCGACUGGUGAGACCCCAUGGGUCAAGCUGAUCAUCGACAAAUACCACGAAAAGGCCAAGAACAAUGGCGCAAUUAUCAUCCCCUCGGUUGGCGUUGAGAGCGCCCCAGCAGACAUGCUGGCCUGGGCACUGGUCAAGCACGUCCGAGAAGAACUCGCAUGCCAGACAAGGGAGAUCGACUGCUGCAUCAAGGAGAUGAAGUCCUCCGGCCCCAGCGGCGGCACUCUCAACACCGUCCUCAGCAUCUUUGACUGGCUCCCAUCCUCCGAGCUAACGAAAUCAAUGACCCCCUUUGCCCUCGCAGCAUCACCCCCGCCAAAGGAUAUUCCCCGCGACUCGAUCAUCAACAAGCUCUUCGGUGCACGUUGGAUCCGCGAUCUCGGCACGGUAACCACCGCCCCCUCUGGCAUGGCCGACGUCACCAUCGUCCACCGAAGCAGCACCCUCAUGCCAGAGCUAUACGGCAAACGCUUCUUCUUCCGCCAAUUCCUGCACGUGCGCAAUUCCCUCAUCGGCGUCGUCGUGCACGUCGGCUUGAUACUCGGUAUCUCGCUACUCAUGAUCCCGCCCGUUCGCGCGCUGGUUCGCAGAUUCGUUUUUGCGCCCGGUCAGGGUCCCGCCCUGGAGGCGUCGAAGAAUGAUCGUCUUGAGUAUCAUGCUGUGGCGACGGCUGAUCAGGAGGUUCCAGCUCCUAAGCGUGUCUUUGGCAAGUUUACUUAUCACGGUACCAUGUAUGUUUUGACAGGCUUGUUGCUUGCUGAGGCGGCGAUGACUAUUCUCAAGGAGGAGGAGAAGGUCAGGAAGGUUUCGCGUGGUGGUAUUGUGACGUCGGCGACUUUGGGUCAGGACUUUAUUGAUCGUAUUGAGAAUGUGGGAUGUCACUUUGAUACCAAGACUUUCCAGUAUUAGCCUGUUGAGGCGCAUGGCAAUCUGUCUUCGGUGUGAGACGCGGAAAUUGGGUAGCUCUUGGUCUCUUACCGGCUGUUUUUCAUUUGUCCACUGUGGCGAAGUUUCUUUAUCUACGCUCUAAUGACUUAAGGAUGCAUUUUUAUCAUUUACUGGAACAGGAUAAUCUCAUUUUGAACGAGUCAUACC